ACACCUGGUGACACAGGGCACAAACAAUCAGCUAGGGGUGAGAAAGCUGCAGUCCACAGUGGUAGCAGCCAUAGUGCUGUAACUUAGUUUUGGUGGCUAAAGUAAGAGUUCAUAGCAGUAGAAGUAAAGUACUUCUAGCCAAUUGGAGUUUAACUUCUUUAAUCUUGUUCUGAGGGCAGCUCUGCCUCGUGGGCAGAAACAUUGAUAAUUGGUUGGCAGAACAAGACUAAGUAAAGACAACUUCACUGCCUGUAAUGGCAUUGGCAUCUGUGUUGUGGUGAUCCGUCUAUAGAAGUAGGCUCUCAGAGGGAGAAUGACAAUAUCAAAACCUGUCAUUUCUGUUGAUCUCGGUGAGACAGGUUCUAUUAUCUGCAACGAUGAACUAGAACGGAUGUUGACAUUUGUUGAUGGUUUCAAUUGAAUUGAGGAAAUUGUGGCUUUCUAGACAGUCCUCUCAUUUCAGUCCUCAAGAUGGACAGCACUUGCAAUCGCCUCCAGGAGGUGACUACUGAGUGAUUUAGUUCAAGCAAACCCAUAUUUAACAGAGUGAUGUGCUUGACAUCUCCCUAUGGUUGAAUGUCUAUAAAGACUUCACGUUGAAAGUCCUCAGAUUCAUUGGAUAUUUCUGAAUGGGGUGGCUCUAAGCAAUGCAUUCCAUAUACACUGAGUGUACAAAUAAUUAGGAACACCUUCCUAAUAUUGAGUUGAACCUCCUUUUGCCCUCAGAACAGACUCAAUUGGUAAGGGAAUGGACUCUACAAGGUGUCGAAAGCAUUCAACUAGGAUGCUGGCCCAUGUUGACUCCAGUGGUUCCCACAGUUGUGUCACAUUUUCAAAAGCAUUCAAAAAUAUUGCAGGGAUGAUUUAUGAUGAACUGGGAGAGACACCUCAAUAUAACGCAAAGAAAGCAAGUGGAUGAGGUCCCGAAUGGAUCCAAACUGUCCAAUAGGUGCGCGCGCAAACUGAACGAGGUUCAGAAGUCUUGAGGCAACCGGUACACAUAUACAGUGUAGAGUAGAGGAAAUGCAACUUUAUAGUCCCUUUUAUUAUGACAGCAACAAGUGGAGGCGGUGCGCUGGCGAGUUGGAACCCAUCUUUUGUAUUCCUCCGGACUGUCCUUGGUCAAACUACAGUCACUGCACUAGUCUCCAAUGGAUGGAUAUGGGGAUGAAGAUAGAGGCUUAUUAAUCUGGUACAGGAUCAAAUUAAAUGUAUAUGAGUAGCUGCUAUGUACCAUCAAUAAUCAUUGAAACCUGCUCUGGAACCGCAGGGAUAGUCAGGUCUUUUACCGGCUGGGCUAAUGGGGCCUCCUCAACCACGUUGGCAAGCCCUGUCCCCUUCUUCUUUCUGUGUCUCCACUUCCCCCGUGAGGACGUUGUGUCUCGUGGCGGCCCUCAUGGUUGUCAUGGUGACACCGUGCCCCAAGAGCUGCCACUGCUCGGAGAGGAACGGCAUGGUGGUGCAGUGCGUCUCCCGGAGCCUUGACCAGAUCCCCCCGGACCUACCGGAAGACACCGUCACCCUCCUGCUCUCGUCCAACCGGAUCAGCCACAUCCCCAACCAGGCCUUCAAGGACCUCCGCCGCCUCAAGGAGCUGGACCUGUCGCAUAACCACAUCGAGAGUAUCGACGCAGGGGCCUUCCUGGGGGUCUCCGAGGGACUCCGCUCCCUGGACCUCUCCAACAACCAGCUCCGCAGCGUCCCCAAGGAGGCCUUCACCAAGCUGAGUGCCCGUAUAAGACUCUCCAACAACCCCUGGCACUGCGAGUGUGCCCUCCAGGAGGUACUGAGGGAGCUGAGGCUGGAUCCUGAGACGGUCAACGAGGUGAGCUGCCACACCUCUGUCCAGGACGAGUACGCCGGCCGGCCCGUCAUUCAGGUCCUGGACUCUGGCAUCAACUUCUGUAACUUCCACCACAAGACCACCGACGUGGCCAUGUUCGUGACCAUGUUCUGCUGGUUCGCCAUGGUGAUCGCCUACGUCAUCUACUACGUCAGGCACAACCAGGAGGAUGCGAGGAGACACAUGGAGUACCUCAAGUCUCUACCCAGCUCCUCCCAGACCAGCAAGGACUUUGACACAGCCAGUACUGUGCUCUAGCAGUGGUGUAUGUGUGGUGGCAGUGACAGCGAUGGGGGUUCUUACAUGUCCAUGGGAUAGUUCACACAGUGGCAAACUUGCAAGGUGUAUGUAACUAUUUUGAAUGUGAAGACGGGCCUCUGGACGAGCCACUGGACUGGACCUGCCCGUCUGCACGUGCCUGACCAGCUCGCAGUGGGCCUCGGGUUCGUCAGUGCAAUCAACGUGAACCUUUUUGUGUCGACUGUUUAUGAAGUCAUGGGUCAAUACCUUUUGAGAUUUCUGACUCAAUUCCGACCUACUUUUUUGUCGACUGUUUUUAUUGUAUUUAUUUUUCAUUGGAAAGGAACAUGACCUCUACUUCUCAUCGUCAUAUGUUUUCCCAACAGUAGGAUUUCAUGAGAAAGAUAUUGUAUAAGUCUCUGUGAGUGUCUCCAUAUUGAUUUGGUUGUUGUGAUUGGUUGGUUGCAGUGCUAUACAGUACUAUUGAUCUAGUCAUUAUGAUUGGCUGUUACACUGGACUGAAUGUUCAUCUUGUGUCUUCAAGUGCCUAGAAACAGUAAACAGUAACUCAACCAAGGCACUGUGAAAGCAAAUGUUGAACUACAAAAUCCCUUAAAAGCUAGAAUCCUUACCCACUGGGCACAGAUGUCAUUUCAAUGUCUAGUUUUGAUCUAAUUUUGGUUGAGUUGUCAACUAACGUCAAUUCGAUGUGAAAUCAACAAAACAUUUCACCAUGUCAUUGAAAAAAAUAGGACAUUCCCUUACGUUGAUGACUUUUUUCAAAUCUAAUCCGUUUCCCACAUUGAUUCAACAUCAUCACAUAGAUUUAGGAUUUUAAAGGACGGUGGAAACAACGUUGAUUCAAUCCAUUUUUGCCCAGUGGGAGUUGUUAGAUCCAUUUUUUGACUUAUAAAUGAAUGAUACAUACCCAUUGCUUCUUAAAGAAUAUAAUGUAUAAAUGCCUCGUGAGCUUAGUUCAACUGUCGUACCCAAUCAGAACCCCAGAUAUGUGCUUUUUUUGCUUCAAUGUUUGCAAACAAGGUAAAUGUAAACAAAUACUGUAUAGCUUUAAAACAUGGUUAAAACGGUCAUUUGUUUGAUUAUGUCCAUAGCUAUGUCUAUGCAUUUGACAGUGGUUACAUUUCUCCAGGCUUUUCACUAAACAGAGGGGCACCACAUUGUUAUUGUUUUAGCUGAAGAUUCUAGCUUUAAUAUGUCAUGUUAAAUAUUUUAGUUGUUGUCAAGGGUGUUAUGAAUCAUUUACCAUUACUCAUUUUGGCAAUCAAUGUGAUGCCACUUUCAGGACAUAAAUCUUUAAAUACUCAUAUCGGAUUUAGUUCCCAAACUGUCAAACACCCUUCUACAGACUUUGAUCGAUGCUAAUGUUGCGUCCGAAAGUCUAUGAUGACCAACAGUUGGAAGUAGUCUAUACUUCCUCAGUAGUGUAUCCGUUCUGUAUUGUUUUGUCUCUAUUGGUUUGUAUGUUUUGUCCCUUUAAUGGUAUGGGAUGUAGUUUAUGUUUAGGAGAGAGGAACUGAUGAAAGGAAAGUGAGAAAAGGAGACUUUCUAUUGUUUUAUUGAGACUUAUGUUGAAACGGAGAAACGUUGACCAUGAAAUCUGUCUUUGUCUGUCGUGUAGCCCCAGGGAUAUGUCUUGAUCUUGUUGCACUCGUCUCUGUUUCUAAUUAUUCUUAGCAAAAUGGUUGUGAAUCAAGCGUUGUCAUUUUUAUAUCUGAAAUAAAAAGGGCUCUAACUA